AUGGUGCAAGAUUGUAGCUCGAAAAUUGCAAAAAUAAGACUGAGACUAACUGAUUUGAUCGUUUCAUACAGGGACGAAAGUGUUCCAUGUUUGGAGUUUGCAUUCAUCUAUCUGGGUCUUAAUUUCAAUAAUUAUUCAGACAAUAAGCUUAUUCUUAGAUGA